AGCGGAAGUGCGGGUGCCGGGCGACGAUGGCAGCCGGCGGGCUGAGCCGCUCGGAGCGGAAGGCAGCGGAGCGGGUGCGCAGGCUGCGGGAGGAACAGCAGCGGGAGCACCUCCGCCAGGUGUCCCGCAUCCUGAGAAAGGCGGCGGCCGAGCGCAGCGCGGAGGAGGGCCGGCUGCUGGCCGAGAGCGAGGACCUGGUCACGGAGCUGCAGGGCCGGAGCCGCCGACGGGAGGGCCUGAAGCGGCGCCAGGAGGAGGUGUGCGAUGACCCCGACGAGCUGCGGAGGAAGGUCCGGGAGCUGGCCAGCGCUGUCAGGAACGCCAAAUACCUGGUCAUCUACACGGGGGCAGGGAUCAGCACGGCGGCUUCCAUACCAGACUACCGCGGCCCCAAUGGCGUCUGGACGCUGCUGCAGAAGGGAAGAAGCGUUAGUGUCACUGACCUGAGUGAAGCUGACCCCACCCUCACCCACAUGAGCAUCGCCCGCCUGCACGAGCAGAAGCUGGUGCAGCACGUGGUGUCUCAGAACUGCGAUGGGCUCCACCUGCGGAGUGGGCUGCCUCGCACGGCCAUCUCUGAGCUGCAUGGGAAUAUGCACAUCGAGGUCUGUACGUCCUGCACUCCAAACCGGGAGUAUGUGCGGGUGUUCGAUGUGACGGAGCGCACGGCGCUGCAUCGGCACCAGACAGGCCGGGCCUGCCACAAGUGUGGGGCCCCGCUUCGCGACACCAUCGUGCACUUUGGGGAACGCGGCACCUUGGGGCAGCCACUCAACUGGGAGGCGGCCACUGCAGCUGCCAGCAAAGCAGACACCAUCCUAUGCCUGGGGUCCAGCUUAAAGGUCCUGAAGAAGUACCCUCGUCUCUGGUGCAUGACCAAGCCCCCCAGCCGGCGGCCCAAGCUCUACAUUGUGAACCUGCAGUGGACACCCAAGGACGACUGGGCCACGCUGAAGCUGCAUGGAAAGUGUGAUGAUGUCAUGCAGCUCCUCAUGGGCGAGCUGGGCCUGGAGAUCCCCUCCUACAGCCGGUGGGAGGACCCCAUCUUCUCCCUGGCUACCCCGCUGCGUGCUGGCGAAGAGGACAGCCACAGCCAGAAGCUGCUCUGCCAGAGCCCAGGAGAGGGACAGGCCGCAGAGCACGGUGCCCCGCCCAGCCCAGUCCCCACUCGCGGGGGCUGGUUUGGCAGGGGCUGCACCAAGCGGACCAAGAGGCGGAGGGUCACGUAA